AUGCCAACAGCAACGCCCGCCGCCGGUUGGGCCUGGGAGGGCGCCGCCGUCGACAAGACGCCUUUUCCGGGCCCAAACGCCGAGUCGGUGUCUCAGCAACGCGUGCUCUUGUCAGCCUUUCGGUACUGGCAGCAUUUGAUGAAAGUCGGGGAAGACUAUACACCAGCCGAAGGCCGUCUUGUCCCCAUGCCGCACUCGGUGGCUGCCGGGGCCCGUGAGGCGCUCCAGAAGUUGUGUACGAUCUGUUCAGGCGAGCUUCCAGCGGCCUUGUUGCCCUUCGCCGAGUCCGUCGAGGUCACAUCGGCGACGGAGAACGGGGACGAGGUGCAUUUUCCUACCCCGCUCAGAGAGCAGGAAGCCGCCGCGGCCAUUAAGGCUCUCGAAGCUUGUGCCGCUGCCGCCAUUGCGAAACUUCGGUAUGGGACGGAAAGCAAGAGGAUUCGAAUCGAUGCCGACAGGGUCUCGGCCUUUUUGAUGUCGGCCUAUCUUACGACCCUAGAUGGCAUGGACAAGUCGGAUCCUCGAAUUAAGGACAGGAUUCCUGACACGGACCUGAACAAGGCCCAAUCGGUCCUCUACCGGCGGAUGUCGGCCAACCUCUACGGCACCAAAAACCCCGGUGAAUACUUCCACAUCCACGGCUCCCUGGACGCCGACGUGACCCUUGAGAUGCUUGGCCUGCCCAAGGAGAACCCGGAAAUGACCGAUUACCACGCCAUCAUCGACUACAUCGAGUCUGCGGUGAAAGAGCACACGGCCGCGGAACUCGACGCGCUCAACCUCGCUCACCGACAAGCCGGCAUUCAAGCACUCACCUGGGCCCAGUUCCAAGCUACCCCCCACGGCAAGGCCCUCCUGGACCUCCCGCCCCUGACGGUCCGCCCCAACCCGGCAGACGCCCACGUGACUCCGCCCGUUCCCUUCCCCUCCACUACGGCAGCAGUCUCCUCCUCUCCGGGCGGCCGGCGGCCCCGGCAGGCCCUGGCGGGCAUCAAAGUGCUCGAGCUCUGCCGCAUCAUCGCGGGGCCGACCAUCGGCCGCUCGCUGGCCGCGCACGGCGCGCAGGUCCUCAAAGUGACGCCCCCGCACCUCCCGGACGUGCCCUUCUUCCAGCUCGACGUCAACGCGGGCAAGCGGGCGGUGCACCUGGACCUGCGGCCGAGCUGCCCGGCGGACCGGGCCGCCUUCGCCGCCCUUCUCGCGGACGCGGACGUGCUCAUCGACGGCUACCGCCCGGGCGCGCUCGCCCGCCUGGGCUACGGACCGGACCAGCUCGGCCGGCUGGCCCGCGCCCGCGGCCGGGGCUUCGUCUACGUGGCCGAGGACUGCUUCGGCGGCGCCGACCUGGAACCCGAGCGCGGCGCCGAGUGGGCCGGGCGCCCCGGCUGGCAGCAGGUCGCCGACUGCGUCACGGGCGCCGCCUGGGCGCAGGGCGCCUUCAUGGGCCUGGACGAGCCCGUCGUCCCGCCCUUCCCCAUGUCGGACUACGGCACGGGCGCCCUGGGCAGCGCCGCCGCCCUGGCCGGCCUGUACCGCCGCGCCGCCGAGGGCGGCUCCUGGGUCUGCCGCACCAGCCUGGUGCAGUACGACGUCUUCCUCAUGGGGCUGGGCCUGCUCCCCGCCGAGGAGCAGGAGCGGCUGCGGCGCCGGCACGCCGACGAGGCCGGCUUCUUCGCGCUCCGCCACAGCGACUCGGUCGACGAGGUCGGCAGGAGGGCCCUGGCCAGCAUGCGGCUGGCGGUCCCGCACCUGUUUGCCGACGGCGGGCGGGCCGUCAUGCAGGAGGCCUGGAGCGAGCCCUUCCGGGGCGUGCUGAGGUGGCCCAGGGAGGCGGUCGAGAUUGACGGACUCCGGGUCGGGCACGUCAGGACGGCGAGGCCCAACGGCUGGGAUAAGGAGGUGGUGAGCUGGGAAGGAUGGGAGGAGGAGGAGGAGGAGAUUAUUGUUGGGGAGGAUGAUGACGAUAACGAUGAAGAAGAAGAAGAUGAUGAUGAUGAUGAUGAUGAUGGGGAGGCGGAGAAGCUGAACCCCUGA